AUGGACAUAGACGCCGACUCGACCCGCAAUGCAACGGCGAUGUGUCCACCAGAUCCCGCGGCACCAAACGCGGACGAUUUGUCGUCUCCGCAAACAGCGACGGCGCGCGAGCAACGAGAGCCACAGGAGGCGGACGACGCGGCAGAUACAGGAUGUCCGGAGCGCGAGAGCCCGAGCCGCAGCAGCGAAGAAGACCUGGUCGUGUCGCUGACGCGGCGCGGGGAGGAAGGGACACAGCGAUUGGUCGAAGCCGCGGAAGGCGUGCUGUCCACGCUGAACCUCGUCAUGUGCAACGGCGCCUUCUGGGAAGCUUCUUCCGAAACAGCAGGCGCUGGCAGUGCAAGCUCUGAGCAGCAGCUGCAUCAGCAAGAGCAGCAGCAGCGGCGGACCUCGGGAUUGCCGCCGGAUGCGGCAGCAGCCGCCAUUGAAAUGGCUCACCUUCGCUAUAAGAACAUCUCGUCAGAGCUCCGGUCCCUGCUUCUGCGGCUGCAGGAAGAGAUGGAGAAAGGGACAAAGCAGGCCGGCCGGCCAGGGAACGACUGGGAAGGAACUCAACAGGGCCCUGACCCAGGGCUUUCUGCACCUGAUGCUGCACAUGACCACGCAGCACCUGAAGAAGCUCCUGAAGCGGCACCUGAGGCGCUUGCAGCACACGAGUCGCCGUCAGUAGAGGAGUUGACUGCACGAGCAGCGACCCUGAGAAAGCAAAUCAAGAGGUGUAACAUGCGACUGAGAGCAGCAAUGGAGGCCCUGAGGGGGAUAUCAGACAAUGGCACUCACACACCCCCCUCUGCUGUUCCCCUCUGUGCACCUCCUGCAUCGUAUGAAAUCCCAAAUCGCUCUCCCCUUCCACAACAGCAAAUCAAGAGGUGUAACGUGCGACUGAAAGCAGCAAUGGAGGCCCUGAGGGGGAUUCUGGAUGACGUCACUCUGUUUCAGGCACCCCAGCUGCUUCUGCUCUCGCAAUCCUGA